GGCGUUCAGUACAUACACUGAACAUCACUCGCUACCGCGGAGUUCAAGCGAGUCCAACGUACUUUUGUUUUGUUUGCGCUCGUAUCUCGCGUCCCCUAUCUUCGGCUUCGGCAUUAAAGAUAAUCUACAGGAUCGCAUUACAGUACCAGUACCUGAAUGAGAUUGGGAAAAAUGUGAGGUGUUUCACGGCGUUCGCGUGCACGACUUUGGGGGAUUUGAUUUAACGAAAACCACGUGUGUGGUGCGGCUGCGGACAUUUAUUUAUACUAUUUAUAAAUCUGCGAUUGGAUUCAUAGGCGCAAGAUGGAGAUAUUCGGAAUACAAUUCGCUCCACUAAAUGUCCCUCUGGAAAGGCGUAUUCAAACCCUUGCCGCCGCAACAUGGAUGGUCGCUAUGGCGUUCGGCGGCUUCAUAGGAUUGUUGAUAGCGCUGUAUCUCAUCGCAUUCACAAAGUACUGGUGGCUAACACUCCUAUACCUCCUUUGGAUCUAUGUGAUAGACAAAGACGUUAGUGAGCAGGGUGGGAGGCCAAACAAAUGGGUACGGUCUUGGCGAUGGUGGAAGUAUGCUAGGGACUAUUUCCCUUUACGUUUCGAGAGGUUACCUUGGGUAGAGUUAGACCCCGAGAAGAACUACUUGUUUUGCUGUUUUCCUCACGGGAUGUUAUCCACUGGAGCUUUCAACGCCUUUGGUAGCGAGUGGGGAGGGUACAAGCAUUAUUUUCCACAUCACGCUCCUCAUGUGGUGACCUUGUCGCAGCACUACAUCAUGCCGUUCUUCAGGGAACUAGCUUUGGCCUUGGGAGGCAUAGGCUCUUCGGCUAAAUCGAUAGAUUACGUCCUGGGAAUUCCAGGGGGCGGCCACGUUUGUGUUUUGAUGGUAGGGGGAGCAGCGGAGGCGUAUAAUUGCAAACCGGGGAAUUACAAACUCGUCUUGGAAAAGAGGAAGGGUUUUGUGAAGUUGGCUUUGAAGAAUGGAACGCCGUUGGUGCCUGUACUGUCGUUCGGCGAGACGGAUCUAUUUGAUCAGUUAGAAGGGUUAAGAUUGAGAAACCUUCAGGAGUCGUUGAGGAAAUGGAUCGGAUUGGCGCCAGUUGUGCCCAUUGGAAGGGGCUUUUUCCAGUAUUCGUUCGGGAUUAUUCCCAGAAGAAGUAAAGUUACCACAGUAGUUGGUCUUCCAAUUGAAGUACCAAAAAUCGAGGAUCCAACUAGAGAGCAGGUGGACCAGUACCACGCUGAGUUCGUGAAAAGGUUAACGCAGAUGUUCGACGAGCAGAAGUACAACUACUUGGAGAAACCAGAAGACAAACGCCUCGUAAUAGAAUGAUGAAUUCCGUGAUAAUACCAUUAAUUGUUACUUAUUUAUAAUUUUGUUAUAUGCAUGAACUGUUUAUUGGGUCACUGUUUUGUAUAGAUUUGUUACAGAUUGAAAUAAAUAUUUAUUUGUAAAUUU